AUGGGUUGCGGCUCUUCUUCCGAUAUUAUCAACACAUCCCUACCAAUGUCAAUGGUUCGGUCAAUCAAAUCCACAUGUCUUGUAUUUGGUAUGCCGGACAGUGGUCAAGAAACUUUUGUAAAUUCAAUUGAAAAAUGCUUCUCAAGCAUAUCGCCAAUGAAAGAAUUACCAUUCGAAUUCUAUGUUGCUAGUACAGAUAGACUUGAUAGAGCAACAUGGAUAGAUGAAUUUCAAAAACACAGUCGAAUAAUUAUUUCAUUUUUCUUCGCUGAUAUUUCAUCAAAAGCUUCAAUAUUAGCCUCUGUUAGAACUCUUAACUGGUUCAGAUGCGAAAUAUCACCAAAGACAAAUUUAUUCACCGUAGUUCUCAUUAAAACAGACAAAGAUAUAGAAUCAGUUAAUUAUCUUAAAAACCUUCUGGGAGAUUCAAUAGAAUUCAGUACAUUUAACGAAGAUAAUCCAAACGAUGUCCGAAUAUAUGUUGAACAUAUUAUUGGAUUGGUCGCACAACAAACUCGUUAUUCCUCUUUAUUUAAGUGA